AUGACGUUACCAACAAGGGGUGUCACGCUUCCUCCCGAGCUACUCCAGGCGAUCCUGUCGCGCCUACCGACCCAAUUGCAUUUGUCGAUCCAGACGUUGCUCGCGUGCUCGGCUUCGUCUCGGUCACUGCGUCAGAUCGCGCUGGACAGCUACUUGUGGCGACCCCACGUCGCAGCAAGAUGGCGCCGCGGCAAGCAGUGCACCUAUGACGAGGAUGCACACCAAUUCUACCGCAUGCGAUCCAUGCGAGAUACCCAAGCAGAGCACGAUAUCGGGACACUCGCUUCGACGUCGCACGGCCGCAUACCCUUGAUCGAAGCACUGCGAGGCCAAGGCGACGAGGUGAUCGAGGCCCUGGAGCAACUCCAGCGCCUCAGAGAUUUCGACAGACCCCUGACCUGGCUUUCGGAACGGUACUGGGCCAAACAAGCCUACCGCUGUAUCUUGAGGGACCAGGCGAUCGCGGUCUGGGCCACUAUCGCCGAUGAGACCGUCGAGCAGGAGGACUCGUUUGAAAAGGGGAUCUGGGCCUUUGUCGCGUUCCGGGAUGGUGUAGACUAUAGGGAUGUGAGUCGCACUCCCCAUCAGACCGGUACACCACCCCUCCAUCCGAUGAGAGUGCCGCGAGCUCAUCGCUUCGACCACCUCAUAUUGUAUUGCACAGUAUCUUCACAGCUACGACAUGGUUCGACAUCCCGAGCUGUUGGCCACACUUGCUUCACAGCGGUGCCAAGGCGAGGCGCUCUUGGAGCACGUCGCCGUUUCCGUCAUGUCCUACAUGCGUCGGAUCGGAUUCAGAGCCGCGGAUGCGACCUCGUUCCAUGAUCUCGACAACCACUUUUUGUCGCACGUUUGGAGCGGCAUCGACCCAGAUGCCGACCCAAGUGCUCGGUCCGAGUCCGGGACAUUGCCCAUGUCUCUCGUGUCGAUCUUCUGCUCAUUCGUCCGACGACUGCCUAAGGAGUACAAUAUCAGGGCCAAACCCAUCGGACUUCCUGGCGUGAUGCUGGCUGGCGUUGCGUUGGGAGACAGUGCAGACUGGGUCAUGGUCAACGUGUUUGAAGGCAAGAUCGCCCAGCCCAGCGACCUUCAAAGGAUGCUGCUUGGCAUGAGACUCGAGAUGGUGAUGCCCAUUAGUCGCCUUGAACCCGCUUCGGCCAAGACCAUGGUGAGUCGACAUGUCUUGACGCCCAAGCGGUGCUGUGGCCACUUGCUGACGGUACCGAUUGCAGUGCGGGCGAGUGGCGCAAAAUAUUCUCACCUCGGUUCGACGAGGCGAUGAUGAUGCUGUCCAAGAUCACUACGUCUUGAUUUCGGCGCAUUACUCUGUCGCUCUGGCUCUAUACCACUUUGCGGCGCCCGAAUCGCGGCACUUGUACGCCAACUGGGUCGUAUCAAUCAUUCAGGCCGAGUAUCCGCAUGAUGUCUCGUACCUCGAGAACACGCUGUCCCAGGUCUUUACGGGCGAGCGCGCCGAGACGGUCCUACGCCUUUGUCGUGAGAUGCGUGAUGAUGAUAUGGUCGAACCGGAACCGCAAUUGGGGACCUCGAGGAUCCGGUGGAGAAUCGGGCAGGUCAGUACCUUUAUCUGACCAAAAAUUUGCGCGAUCUUCAUCCUCAACUUCUCCAAUCUUAUCAAUGUUCUCAGGUCUUCCGACAUCGAUUGUUCGGCUACUGCGGUGUCGUCAGAGGAUUCGACGAAGAGUGUUUGGCCAGCGAAGAAUGGAUCCAAUCGAUGGGCGUCGACACCCUACCUUACGGCAGGUCCCAACCCUUUUACCACGUCAUCAUCGAAGGCGGGGGCACGCGCUACGUCGCACAGGAGAACAUCGCCGACGAGGAACACCGCUCGAUUCCGUUCGAAUGCAUCGAGAACCUCGCGGGACUCUCCGUGAUGGGGAGAUACUUUUGCAGUAUGGAUAUGGACAUGCGUGGCAGGUGGAGGUUCGUCAAAUCGUGCGAGACGGCGGCGAUGUACCCCGAACCGAGCCCGACCGCUUGA